GACGGCAGAAUAAUGCUUCGAUGGAAGAGUAGAACCUGAGAGCAGAUUGCAGACAGCAGAUUGUAUUAACUCAGAUAAAUUAGGCCCACUUUAAGUGGGUGGAAAGCCGAAAUCCGACCAAGAUGUGGACGCAGAGAAAUGCAGUCGGAAAUUGGCUGUUGGUCUUAACAGUUUUUUUGGCAUUGGCAAAAUUCGCUACCACCGAUAAUUGUUUUCCAACCGUUAUCGGAUUUCUAACUUUCAUAUGGAUUCCGCAGACCUCAGCCGAAUGUCAAACGCGAUCGAUUUACUGCUAUGAGUGCGAUUCCUGGACAGAUGCCCGCUGCAAGGAUCCUUUCAACUAUACCGCCCUGCCGAGGGAUCAACCUCCCUUGAUGACCUGCAACGGUUGCUGCGUUAAAAUGGUGCGGCAUCAGCGAUCACCGUACGAGGUGGUGCGUCGCAUGUGUACGUCACAGUUACAGAUCAAUUUAUUCAUGGUCGAUCACGUGUGCAUGAUGGAAAGUUCAGGCAAUGGACAUAUGUGCUUUUGUGAGGAAGAUAUGUGCAAUUCUAGUAAAAAUUUACACACUAACGGUUGCCAGCUGCAUCUCAUACCCAUCGCAGUGGCAGUGUCAUGGCUAAUGGGUCAAUUGCUCAGCAGAUAGAAAGUGUUAGGCUCACCCACAGACAACCACACACUCAGAACAUACAAAAACACCCAGAGAAAACCCAACACGAACUCACUAUCUCUCUUCCUUUCUAUCUAAGCGUAUGAUUUGUAGCUUGAUUUGAUUUGAUUACGAUAACAGUAACCAUUACGAUUGAUUUGUUUGGAGCACAGUUUUCGAAGAAGGACUUCGAGUAGUUUUAUCAGCACCAAGCGAAAGCUCGAGAAACCCGAUUCCAAGGAAUGUGAAUGCAUACCAAAGCUUCCAUAGACAGAAGGCUUUCUCUAUUUCUCUAUCACACACAGUAAACCAACACUAUAGCGAGCUUUGGAUGCACUGAGUUCUUGAGAUGCGAGUUUUGUCGAGUCGCAUCGAAGUCGAAUCAGUACUCGGUAUUUGAAUUGCAUGUUGUUGAUGCUAAAGCUGAAGCAUGUAGCGCUUAAGUAGGAAUCGUAGUGAUUAUUACAUUUUGAUUUCGUUGUUACUUACAUUUGUAAAUGCCCCAACCAGAGGGUCAAACCGAAGAAACCGAAACCAGUAAUUGAAUCGAUUCUCACUUACUUUUAAACAUUUGUCUAAAUCAUAUGUAAACUUGGAAUAACUCGACACCCAGACACACUGUAUAUAUCGCCCAGCCCGAAAGUCAAAGUUCAUCCCAAAAGUAUUUGCAGUGACCAAGUGGAACAUUUGCUCAUCUUGUUUAUUCCAAAGUCGGAAGUGAACUCCAUAAAGCAUAAAACGUUAUUUCGUUGUUAUACUCUGUAUCCUAGAUCUUAGUCAUUAAGCUGUAAUCUCGGUUCUCGCUUGGACCCCAAAAAAAAAAAGAAACCCCACGCAUCAUAUCACGUAACGAAGCAACAAUGAGACCGAACUUCUUUGGUAACCUAUCGAUCUUAGUGUAGUUAGCCUCAUAGAACCUGCCACCAGCACCAAACUGUAUAAAGUACCGAUCACCCUGGCCCGUUUGGUUUAUGUUCAACAAGUGAUAAUUAGAUUGUAAGUAGAUGAUCCCCGAUCCCAAUUCCGAUCCCACGCCCAAGAUCCGUUAACAACCCGUAUCCCUCAUUAUGAAAUUGAAAUUGAAUCAAUUCUCAUUCAUGCUAGUGAUAGUUUUAAAACGAAUCGAAUCGAAUCGGAACUUAUAGCUUACAUAGCUUAUGAUUUACAUUUUUGGAAUUUGACUUAAUGUUAUGAAUUAAUAGUUAUGAUUGUCAUCUCGAUUAGAGUAUUCGACUUAAAGUUUUGUAUUCUAAGCGUAAAACUUUUCAUUUGUAUAAUUGAAGAUUGGCUAAUAAACAACCAUUUUUACCAUACGUAUAUCUUUAGCAAAAUUUACUCUCAACCUAUGCCGUUAACUUUUAGCUUCAAUUUGCUUUAUCUACUUGCUACUCACUUAACCAACUUUUCAACAUUCGUGCACUUUUGCCCACGCAUUUGUAUAAUAUUUAACCCUAGACUUGGCUUUAGUUCAAAACUGCUUAACGAAAAAACCUAAAUGAAAAUAAUAGAAUAUCCAUAUCCGUCCAGCCGGAAGCAUGUGAAUUUGAAUUUCGUUGCUUGGGCACAGGUAAGUCACAAGUCAAAAAAAAAAAAACAACAAACUAAAAUUCAAAAAGUCAAGUACAGUUGCGCACCGUUUUCUUAGUUCGCUCUUGCCUCGCUCGUAGAUGAAUGGGAUAUCGGAUUUUAGCCGGCCUAUCUUGGUGGUACACGCACACUCACACACUUUCACUACCCCUCUUGAUCCAAGACCCUCCCAACCCCUCCCCCUCCAACUCCGCAAAGUCCUCUACACUAAGCGAAAAUCCCAAUGCAAUGUUUACAACAUUAGUUUUUGAGUUUGAUUUGUAUGGUUUCUUGCUUUCCUGGUAUGUUGGUUUGUUCAAUAACAGAUAAACUUAUAUAUUUUAACCACAAAUAUCUAACCGAUUUUGGUUUGUGAAUGUUGACAAUAUUCUUAUAACCAGUAUUUGAUUGAUUGAUUAACGGUUAAUGCGUUUCAAAGUUUAAACAAAAAACAUUAAUCAAAACAGGCAAUAAAGUUUAACCAAAAACAAAAAAAACACACACGAAUUUUGUAGUGCAAAAAUAACAUAUUUUAAUUUAGUACUUUUUGUAGUUCCAACAUCUUUCUCAGCGCCAACAUACUCUAUAUUUCUCUUUCUCUGUACCUCCUCUAUAUCUCUCUGUAUAUCUUUCUAUCUGUUUAACUAUCUCUCACACUCUCCUAACAACUCUGUUUGAUCUUAAGACUCUUUUUACUAACUUUCUUCCAAAACAGAAACCACAUAGAACUCUUCCACUAGAGCCACACCUGUAGUAUAUAUAAAAAAAGAAACAAAAUAAUGAAAGUACACGCAACAACACAAAUUACACUCACUGAAUGUUAGCGAAAUAUAUACAGAAAGUACGAUACAGUUACAGAAUUAGCGAUGCACUUAGAGAAACAAUCAACCAACUCAUUAAUAUACUCUAUCAAUGGUGAAUUUUUACUACUUGUAGGCGCGAUUUUUCAACAAAAAAUAUAAAAACCGUUUGGAGAGCCCAAAAAUGCGGGGCCGAAGCUUAAACAUCCAUAGAUUCCUCACAAUACAAAAAGCACUAAAUUAAUAUCAAAGAUCUUACCAAUAUAGCGGAAUGCUAGCUAAACUGAUUAUUGGUAUUGGUUGAUGAAUAUUGCAAAGAAAAGAAAAAACAGAGACACAAUAAGCCCACAAAACCAACUCUCUAGAAGAAUCAGCAGUCGCUUUACGAAUUAAGUUUAGUUAUGGGUUUGUUUACUUUUCCAUUAUCCAUCCCAAAAAUAUCAGAUAUUUCAGACUUUCUUUGAGUUUACACCUCAGCUCACCACGUUAAGAUCUAUUUAUUCCCACCACUCGCUCAAUCACUCACCUACCUCAACUCACCUUUUCACCUGCCCACUUCGCAGAUGGUAUCCACAUAUGUUCCACCAGUGGCGUAGGCAGGAAUUGAGUAGAAGGGUUUUUAAGGAAGACCAGUAAGGAGGCUAAAUCUGUUAAACUCAAACCCCUGCCCACGCCACUGUGUUUCACCACCAACAAGGUUGCGCAGGCGCGAUAGAGAGCUCUCAAUCUCUCUGCCGCAGCUGUGCCACGCCCACCACCCACAGCCACCCACGAAAAUGGUGCUUUUUCACAUACGACACCACUGUCUGACUAUGUUUUUCAUCAUGUACGCCAUCGCAAUCCAUGCCACAGUGGUCGCAAUGCCGCGACAGCCGCUCCACAACUGCAGAAUACUAUUAUUUAAUUUUUUUCAAAUUAAACGCUGGCAAUUUGUGGGCGGCAGGCGCGCGUGCAUUGCCGAGCAGCUGAAACUUCGAGGGUAAAAAUGAAAAAUCCGGCGCCGCCUGUCCGGCGAAUAUAUCCAAAAAAUCGCUUUUGGCCACAGGCGGCCGCGGUCCCAACUGUAAUUGUGAACGUCCGUGCGGCCAUUUCCCCCGAAAAAAAACAGAUUAAAAAAACACAAAAACUAAGGAUACACAGGCAGCUGAGAAAACCGUUGGAGGAUCGGCGCGGGAUCUUAUCAAAUCAAGCUUCUUCUGCUUGGGGCUUUAAAAACUAAAGCUUUGAGGCUUACUUUUUACUAAGCAGGUGCUUCCAACUCGCUUUGCUGGACAAAUACAAAUACCAACAUAAAUUACCAUUCAAAAUCGCUUAGCCAACUCAGCAUAAUCCCAGAAAUUGUUAAUGUAUAUCGACAAUAUUUUAAUUGUAUUCCAAAAAAGAUGAAAACUCAACGAGCACCUUUAAAACUAUCAAGACAUUGUAACUAGCAAAUAAACAAAGUUAAGCAAAACAGCGAGUACGAAAAGCCUUGUAAGAGAUUAUAAUAAAACAAAAGCAUUUAAAUAAAAAAAUAAAGUCAAAUUUAUUAAAAUUAA